AUCGUAAAGCCUAAGAGUUAGUAAGUUGGUAUUGAGAUUGUAUUUCUAAUUGUAUAAGGAAUAUUCUCUCACUAUUUUGACCGAAUUGUACGUACAAGUGAUUAAUACAUGUACUAUAAUUUAAUACAGUAUAAAUUAUAGAGUGGCGGUAGUGGCAGCAGGCAACAUAAACUGAGAAAGACGUGAUAUCUAUGAUUUGGACCGCCAUGAUCUUGUAAAAAAACAGUGCGCCGACGACGAGAAUGGUCGGUGAGAACAACCAGGGCCUCAGGAAGUUGAGAGAGCUGCUGGGAUUUCUCCUCGAUGGAAACUUUCCGAGGGAUGACACGAGUUUGGACAGUCUGCUAACUGCGCUGUCCGCGUACGGAGGUGUGCAUCUCGCCGGCGACGAUGGCAUCACGCAGUUCCUGGCAUCCGUCCAACAAAACACGGCCGUUAGACCGGCGCUGGCGUCGUUUGCUGUGCGGCUAGUGGGGGUCAUCUGCAGGACGGAAGAGGCAUUUCUGCUGAUGAGAGGCAGACUAUCAGGGUUCUUGCGGCGUGUGUGAAGGGGAGGAAAGAUGUGGGC